UAUCAAACGGGUGCCGCCACUGCCGCCGCUUUCCCCGCGGGCCCGGGCCUAGGGCUGACCUUCCCAAAAUGGCGGCGGAGAGGGCCGACGGGCCCUCCCCAAGAUGGCGGCGCGGCCGGGCCGGGAGCUUGUAGUGCGCGUGCGCGCCGGGGCCCGGAGUGCAGUGAAAUUCCGGGCGGGCGGGGGGAGGCGGCGGCGGCGCGGGGGAGACUCGGCGCGACGGGCAGGAGCCCGGCAGGCACCCGCGGGCUGCGGCGGCCGGACGGGCGGAGUGGGGACAGAGCCGGGGGGGGGCGCUCGCGCGGGGCUCGCCGCCGCCGCCUCGCUCGGUCGUAGCAGCCGCCGCCGCCCGGACUCCGCACCGGGCGCAAGGGGGAGAAUGACGGAGCUCCAGUCCGCGCUGCUACUGCGGAGGCAACUCGCAGAGCUCAACAAAAAUCCAGUGGAAGGCUUUUCAGCAGGCUUAAUAGACGACAAUGAUCUUUACCGAUGGGAAGUCCUUAUUAUUGGCCCUCCAGAUACACUGUACGAAGGUGGAGUUUUUAAGGCACAUCUCACUUUUCCAAAAGAUUAUCCUCUCAGGCCGCCAAAAAUGAAGUUCAUCACGGAAAUCUGGCACCCAAAUGUUGAUAAGAAUGGCGAUGUCUGCAUUUCUAUUCUUCAUGAGCCUGGAGAAGACAAAUAUGGCUAUGAAAAACCUGAGGAACGCUGGCUUCCCAUCCACACAGUGGAAACUAUAAUGAUUAGUGUAAUUUCUAUGCUAGCAGAUCCCAAUGGUGAUUCUCCUGCAAACGUUGAUGCAGCGAAAGAAUGGAGAGAAGACAGAAAUGGAGAAUUUAAAAGGAAAGUUGCCCGCUGUGUAAGAAAAAGCCAAGAGACUGCUUUUGAGUGACACUUAUUCAGCAGCUAGUAGCUUCACUUUUUUCAGGGUCUCCAAUUGAGAAACAUGGCACUGUUUUUCCUGCACUCUACCCACCUAUUGCUGGACUUCUGUUGUAACAAGUUGGCAAACACUGGCUGGAACUGGGCUGCAAUAAAACAUGCCAGUUUUCGAUGCUGACAAGAGCCUAACAAGUGCCAACACAAAAAAAACAAUUACGCAUUUUGAAACCUAAUGAACUGCUUUAACCUUCAGGAAGAAUUGUAAAGAUGUGUACAUAGCACAACAUGAUCCGGAUAAUAUAUAUACUGUUCAUGUACAUCCACAAUACACAUUGUACCAAAUAAUGCUGUCUUGUAGGUAGGAUAAGAAUCGUGUAAAUUCUAAAGAUUUUAGCAGGUUUACUUUCCCUAUUCAUUGUUUCCUAUUAGUUUAAAAAACCGAAACAAAACCAACUCUUGUGAAGCAUGUCAAACUAAAACCAAUUAGGGUAAAGAUUUUUUUCCCCCCUGUUUUGUUUUUUUUUUCCUUUGAACCAUUUGAGGCUUAAUUAAAACCCUUUGCUUAUUAAAGUUCAGGGUUUUGUUUUGGCUUUUUUUUUUUCUUUGGUUGUUUUUCUUGGUUUUUGUUUGGAAAUGCACUCCCCUCUCACCCAGCAUCUUGGUUUCAGAUUUUCUCUAAAUAAUAAAUUUUCAAAGUUUCUAGGAUUCGUUACUUGGUUUUUACAAUGACCUUUGCAUUGUCAAAGGUGCUUCUCCUGCCCCCUUCCUCCGGCCCCCUCUACCUUUUUUGACCCAAUUGCACACAGUUCUUGAAUUUGGGUGUAGCAAUAAAACUUCUGGCUGUGGAGCACCCUUGAGCCUGCUGUUUUGUUUUUUCAAAGGACUGAGCGUUUUGGCUUGGAAGUCCAGUUGACUAAGUCCAAAAUAGGAAGAUCUGCUUUCUUUUGGUGUUUUUCUUUUCUUUAUUCCUCUCUCUCAUUGCCUGGUUUCAUUUUUAAGAUGGAUUAAGAAGCAUGCACAUCUGUAGGAUUUCAAAUGAGCAACUUCUGGGUUUGACAUAAAGAAAUAGUUUUCUUUCUUUAUCCCUCUUCUGUGCCCCUCUUUAUUUCUUUGCCUUCUAUUCUACUGCAAGUUUUCCUCACCUAAUGUACAAAGAAAAUUGCGAUGUAUAUUUUCAUGUAAUUUGAUUUUUUGGAAUUCUGUCACCUUCUGUAGUGAGUUCUUCCAAAAUAUAAUUUUUUCCAAUAA